AUCGUUGGAAACGCGAGGUAAACAAAACAAUCUGACUUGACUUUUUCGGCCGCCAAAGUUUGUUUAGGGAGAAAAUUGUGUGCGAAAAAUAGGAUUCUUUCGACGGAUAAAUCAGUCGCGGGUGAAAAUUCUCAGUGAAAAGUGCGGUGUCGGUGGUGCAAUCAUGUUCAAAAACACUUUUCAGUCCGGGUUCCUCUCGAUACUGUACAGCAUAGGAAGCAAACCGUUGCAGAUAUGGGACAAAAAGGUUCGCAACGGGCACAUCAAGCGCAUCACCGAUCAGGACAUCCAGUCGUUGGUGCUGGAAAUCAUCGGCACCAAUGUGAGCACAACUUACAUCACCUGUCCGGCCGAUCCGAAGAAAACGCUCGGCAUCAAGCUCCCGUUUCUGGUGAUGAUCAUCAAGAAUCUGAAGAAAUAUUUCACAUUCGAAGUGCAGGUCCUGGACGAUAAAAACGUGAGGCGGCGCUUUCGGGCUAGCAAUUACCAAUCGACUACGCGGGUGAAGCCAUUCAUCUGCACCAUGCCCAUGCGAUUGGACGAAGGAUGGAAUCAAAUCCAGUUCAACUUGUCCGAUUUCACCCGCCGUGCCUACGGGACCAACUACGUGGAAACGCUCCGUGUUCAGAUCCAUGCCAACUGCAGGAUACGGCGGGUGUACUUUUCCGAUCGACUCUACUCCGAAGACGAACUGCCGGCCGAGUUCAAACUGUUCCUGCCCAUUCAGAAACCCCAGUCGAAAGCAAUUGCUCAGCAGGCAUGUUAACAACGCGUCUGGCGCCCGGUAAUUAGACGACGAGAUGAGAUGAGGAGAAGAAAAGACUUUUACCAAAAAAUUGUAAAACCACACACCCACAUAUGCUAUCUAGGUUUUCUUUGCACUUCAUAAUAUAUAUUGCUCCCCUUUGUGGCACGCGCAUUUCAUACCACUCUUUCACUUUUCCGUUUAUUAAACCGAGUACCGGAUUAAAAAGUGUCCUUAACUUAUCCAAUAACACUCAAACGAAAUACAGGCAAGUGGAGAGAGCAACGGAGAACAUCAUGUCAAGCCAAUUUUUUAAGCAAGGAUAGUAAAAUUUCAUAUCCGAAAAAAUGGUGUUGAAUAUGGCUCAUGGAAUUUUAAAAUAUAUCAAAUGACUAGUUGAAUUCAGGAUCACGAGUUUUGAAAGUUGAAGAAAGCACUCCAGAUUUAUGAACCUUUGAGUACUAUUUAAAUGCUCGUCGGUAUUUCAAAACGACAUACCGUAAGUUCUAUGUGCUAAAAGCUCCCCUGAAUUAUUGACACUUUCCUAAAUUCCUACGGACAAAGAGAAAUUUCCUAUGAUCAUAACUGACAGCUAGAUAUCCUCUGUAUGAUAAACGCGGAAGCUGUGAAACAUGAUGCUCACUUUUCCUUCAACGUUUUUUUUUUCUUUCGAAUUUGGCUCAUUUUUUGUUUAAUCAUUGGCAAUAAAUAUCCCGUGAGCCGUGUAAAUGAUGUUGUUUUUUGCUCCCCGUGCGAACCGUUCUUAUUCACUCAUCGAUAAAACCACACGCCAUGCAUCGACACCUUCCUUGCGUGGCUUGCGCGCCGAGGCGGGAGGUAAGCGAGUGCACAACAAGCAGACGCAGAGAUAUAGGUACACCUACAUACACUUUACAACACUCCGAACUGGAACCGGUAAAACAAUGUUCGACCAUGCGAUCGAAGCUAAUCGAAGCUAAGAUGAUGAUGAUGAUACGCAUGGUUUGAGAUAUCAAUAUUACCACCACUGUGUUUUUUUCGACGCCUAAUAAUUACGAAACUUUUGAACCGGGAUUGAGACGUGAGCGUUCGGAAAACAGUUGCAAAUAGUGUUUUUUUUUAUCUAGGCUGAUGUGAUGAAUGAUGAAAUAAAUGUUGUAAAUAUGCAUAACGAAA